UCUGUCUCUGUCUCUGUCUCCCCCGCCCUCCUCUCCUCCUCGUCCACACAGGGUUGGGCCAAACAGCAGGUGGUGCCGAGGAGGAGAAGCCCACACUUGGGACUGAACAAACCGCUGGCUCUCUGAUUCCUCUCUGCAGCAGUCAAGUAUGGAGCAACAACAAGUCCCCAAAUUUCAAAUCUCAGGUGUCACAGCAAUAGCGUCUCUGGACAGGACUCACUGAAUAAAGAUGCACGUGGACUCAAAGAGACAAAGCAGCACUCAAAUCAGAUGACUCACAAGAGGAGAAAAAAAGACACCUUUUAAUCUCAGGUCAACAACGGGCCCCCAAAACGUGUGAACAAUGUGAGUCGUCACAUUAGAUCUGCGCGCCGGGAGUCUCGACAGCAUGGGUCCAAAGAGGUUUUUUGUUUUGUUGUUUUUUUUGCUCCACCUGUGUCAGCAUGCUCACACAGCAUAGAUGAGUUACCCUUUAAAGAGACAUAAGUGGGAGCCAACACAGUCUGAUGAUGUAGCAGCUAACAGAGACAUAGAUGUGGCCUCUGACUCAAGACAGUGCAACCACGGUCAGUAUGGAAGUGCAGACUGCCUCUUUGCUGUGGAUAUAUGUUAACGGGACAGAAGAGCUGAACGCUUCGCAUGAAUACAACGCCACAGAUCUGACCGAAAACUCAGACAAUUACCACUCCUACACGAUUGGUCUCUUCCUGUCCUGCCUCUACACCAUCCUCCUCUUUCCUAUUGGAUUUAUUGGGAACAUCUUAAUCCUGGUGGUGAACCUGAACCACAGAGAGAAGAUGACCAUCCCUGACCUUUACUUCGUGAACCUGGCCGUGGCCGACCUCAUCCUGGUGGCCGACUCCCUCAUCGAGGUCUUCAACCUGAACGAGAAGUACUACGACUAUGCCGUCCUCUGCACCUUCAUGUCCUUGUUCCUGCAGGUCAACAUGUACAGCAGCAUCUUCUUCCUCACGUGGAUGAGCUUUGACCGCUACAUAGCCUUGGCGAGCUCCAUAAGCAGCAGCCCGCUGAGGACUAUGCAGCACGCCAAGCUCAGCUGUGGUCUCAUCUGGAUGGCGUCCAUCUUGGCCACGCUCCUGCCCUUCACCAUCGUGCAGACACAGCACAGGGGCGAGGUGCACUUCUGUUUCGCCAACGUCUUUGAGAUCCAGUGGCUGGAGGUCACCAUUGGCUUUUUGGUGCCCUUCUCCAUCAUCGGCCUUUGCUACUCUCUGAUUGGACGCAUCCUCAUGCGGGCGCAGAAGCACCGUGGACUGUGGCCACGGCGGCAGAAGGCGCUGCGCAUGAUCGUGGUGGUGGUUCUGGUGUUCUUCAUCUGCUGGCUGCCGGAGAACGUCUUUAUCAGCAUCCAGCUGCUGCAGGGCACGGCUGACCCUUCGCAGAGGACUGCUACCACACUGUGGCAUGACUACCCGCUCACGGGCCACAUUGUGAACCUGGCGGCCUUCUCCAACAGCUGCCUCAACCCCAUUAUCUACAGCUUUCUAGGAGAGACCUUCAGAGACAAGCUGCGACUCUUCGUUAAGCGGAAGGCCAGCUGGUCGGCAGUGAACCGCUUCUGCCGCCACAGCCUUGAUUUGCACCUCCCCGUUAGGGACGUAGUGUCUCAGGUGUGACUGCUGAGAAGAGGCACGAUUGUUAUGAAACUUAGUUCACACACAAAGAAAAAAAAAACUCCAUAUCAACUAGGGUGAAAUAUUACAGUACCUCAGCUUUCUUUCUCCUGUUGUUUAGCUUUGCCUCAUCGUCUCAGUUAACCAGCUCACAUUCUGAACAAAAACAACACACAAGCGCAGCAGGAAUGUGCACUCCAGUGAUGAAAAUGACUCGAUCUGCAUGUUGGACUGUUUCCUUUAAUUGAAUUUGGUGUGCUGUUCCUUUAAAAGGUUUGGUGGAAUGAGCAAACGCAGGCAAAACUAAAUGAAAUACUACUGAGAGGCUAAAUGUGAGCCUGUGUGCAAAGAUAACUGACAGAUAGAGUGACAGAUGAAGAGUGUGUAAGUGUCAUUUUUGUUUUAAAAAAACAACCCAUGUGAACUUGUACGAUAUCAAAUUGUGGCCUUUUAUCUUUUUAAGAAACGCACAAUCCACAUGAACGUCAUGAAAAUGCCUUAAACAAAAAUGUGAUAUAUCAAAAGAGUAGCUCAUUGUAAAACAAUGCAAAAUCAAUUCAGGUCGUCACUGUUAAAGCUAGGGUCUGUAAUUUGUUACUAAAACACUUUUUUAAUCAACCAAGUUGAGGAAAAAAGUGUCGUUAAGAAUGACCAAUCAUUUCAUUUUCUACAUG